CGAGACGCUGAUUUUUGCGCCGUUGUUUUUGUCCAAAAACGAACAUAGCUACAGACAGAAAAUUAGACUGCACCCCUUCCCUCCGUCUAUCAAGAUGGAGAACUUGAUUAAUGAACACCAAAGCCGCAAUGAUCCAGAGAACAAGGCAAAUAACAUUGAUUCACCUGAAAUAAAGAUUGAAAUAGAUGAGGUGCGCAUUGAGUACACUCAACAGAUGAACACACUGGAAGAAGAGAAUCUAAGUGAUCAGCCAGCAAACCAAGCAGACAGUUCGGAUUCAUCCCAGGAGGAUUCUGAGUCUGAUUCAGAGUCUUUCUCUUGUACCCAGUGUGACAAGAGCUUCCGUACCGCCUUACAUUUGAAAAAGCACCAGAUUAUUCACACUGAUAAAACCCUACACUAUUGCAUAACUUGUGAGAAGAGCUUCCCUUAUGCAUCACUCUUAAAGCAGCACCUAACAAUGCAUGAUGCUGACAGAACAUACUGUUGCACGAAAUGCGAAAAGAGCUUCCGAUCUGCACCGUGCCUAAGGAAGCACCUGACAACGCACGGUGAGAAGAAUCACGGUUGCACCGAGUGCAAUAGGAAAUUCUGUUCAGCAUCUCGCUUAAAAAGGCACAUGACAACACAUAGCGGGGAAAGACCACAUGUUUGCACCGCCUGCGGGAAGAGUUUUACACGACCAGAGAGCUUAAAGAAUCAUCAGUUAAAUCACCAAGGGGAGAAGCUGCACACCUGCCACGACUGUGGAAAGAGCUACAGUGUGCUGAAGUUCCUUAAAGAACAUAUGAAAGUCCACGAGGGUCCCCACAUCUGCUCUCAGUGUGGGAAGAGCUACACACUCCUCUACAACUUGAAAAUGCAUAUGUCAGCAGCGCAUGGAGAGGAAAAAGCAUUGCCUUGCUCUGAAUGUGGGAAAAGUUUUGUCUCAGAGUACCGUCUGCGAAAACAUCAGAAGCAAGUACACAGAACAGCCUUCCCCUGCCCUGAAUGUGGGCGAAGCUUCUCCACACUGUCCAUAUUGCAAGAGCAUCAGUCAAACCAUACUGGUAUCAAACCGCAUUCUUGUGAGGAGUGUGGGAAGAGCUUUGGCCUUCUGGAUGGUCUUCAGAGGCACCAGUACACACACAGGCCCAAACCAGAAAAAUCCUGCCUCUGUGAGGAGUGUGGAAAAAGCUUUCUUAACCUCACCCAACUGGCCAGACAUAAACAAGUUCAUUCCAAUGUUAAGUCCCACACUUGUGAGGAGUGUGGUAAAAAAUUCAAACAGAUCGGAGGUUUGAGAAUUCACCGCCGUACUCACACAGGGGAGACGCCGUUCUCUUGCAAAGAGUGCAGUAAAACAUUUACGCAGGCCAGCUCCUUGAAGGUUCAUAUGUUAACCCACACAGGAGAGAGGUCAUUCUCUUGUAAGGAGUGUGGCAAGACAUUCAACAUCGCAAAGACAUUACGGCUUCACAUGCGCAUUCACACAGGAGAGAAACCACAUAAAUGCCCUGAUUGUGGGAAGGGAUACCAUCACGCUCAGGGACUCAGAAUGCACCUGCUAUUUCACAAGGGGGAACGACGGCACACAUGUACUUACUGUGACAAGAGUUUCUUUCUGCCAGGACAUUUAAGAGCACACAUCCGACUACACACUGGAGAGAAACCUUACCUCUGCUCUAAUUGUGGGAAGAGUUUCAAUCGUGCUUGGAAUUUAAAGCAACACAAGAAAAUAUGUCAGUGAUUCAUUUCACCACAAACUGAACUUUCCACAGCAUGUUAUUGUGGGGCUCCUUUUUUGUAAUAUUAUGCCUAUGAUACAUUGUGCUCUAUGCCAAACUAGUCUAAUAAUACAUAAAAUAAAGGUGGUGACUUAUUUUGCAUUGAACUUGCAUUACAUUUGCUUUAUCCAUUUAUAAUCUGUAUGUUGUUGUGGCAACAAAGUAGAUGACGUGCUCUAUGUAGCCUACUUUGACUGGGUCAUAUUGUGUGAUGGGGAUACUUGUAGUACUGUAUGAGUAACUUUCAGUGAAGAAUGAUUGAUUUGAAAUGUAAACAUGUGGUGUCCAAAAUGAACCCUAGAGGGUAGAACUAACCUAAGCAUCUGGAUAUUAUCAUAACACUGUAGCAGAGAAACCUCCAGCUUUAUUCAAUGCCUUGAUAUGUACAUUCUCAAAAACUACUUAGAAAGAAUAUACAGCUACAUUAUUUCUGUCAAUAUGCUAUACUGUAUAUACACUCAGUGGCCAGCUUAUUAGGAACACCCAUCUAGUACCGCGUCAGACCCCCCUUUGCUUCCAGAAUAGAAUUCUUCAGGCAUGAAAUGUUGCUCAAUUGGUAUCAAGGGACUUAACGUGUGCCAGGAAAACAUUCCCCACACCAUUACACCACUGCCACCAGCCUGUACCGUUGACACC